AUGGGCUCCUCCUUAGGGCACAUACGCUGUGUACUUAUACUCGCCUUGUCUUUUUGUUCACUCCCGGUCAACGCGUUUGGCCUAUCGACGCUGAAUGCGCUGACAACGCGCAUCUUUUCGUCUGCUAAUUCGGAGGUGGCGAUCGCGGACACCGGUGCCCGAGCUAGCUUCGAGGAGUUUGAAGUUCUCAAGAGUCAAGGUCUUCUAACCAAGAGCGACAUCGCUCUACUCGACAAGUACUCCUACCGUUCUGGGUGCUUUGGACUUGCAGUCUCCCGAUGCGAUAAGCACGUGCUUGAUGAGCAAGCUCAGCAACGCGCAGCUGUGUCGAUGGCGGUAUGCGAGAUACAAAGCGCGUCGGACAACAUUGUACCCGCGGAGUGCACAUACUUUGCAACCGAAAACGCCUAUGAUGGCGUUCCACACGCUAACUGCCUCAACGCCCUAGCAAGGACGGACAGAUACUGGACGAGUUAUUCGGGUUACCACCGCGAGAUCACUCAGCUCUGUGACGCCUACCGUCGUAGUCACAUCACCGAGCUCUCACUCGAUAUGCUUCAGUUCGCAAUGCGUCAGCAAGAGGCGGCUCUUAAGCACGCCAACGCGAGUAAUGCUGCUUGGCGUGAGGAACAGCUUGACCUUAUGGCGAACCUAAGCGCCGCUCAGCUCCAGGCCCUAGCCGAUACACAAGCUUCGGCCCAAGCUUCGACUGAACUCGUUCAACGGCGUGCGGAAGACGAGAUCGCUCGUGCAGUCACAGAGCACGAGACACGUCUCGCUGAUGCAGCACAGGCGGUCAUCGCCCAAGUCGUGUCUCGCUUGUCUGAGCUCCCUGACGAGCUUUUGUCGGAAGUAACGGCGCGCCUCGGAUCUGAGAUCCUGUCCCCGCUGUUCGCUCGUACAGAGAUUCUUGGAGACCGCUUGGGAGAGCUGGACGGGCAACUAUCCUCUGCGGCUGAGACGGGCCAAUCACUCGCGACCGUAGCAGAAUCGAACCUCGCCCUCACUCGCUCAACGCAUACCGAGCAUCUCGCACUCGCGCAGCUGACCUCAGAUCUGGCCACCUCCCUGCGAACAGGUAUCGCCGACUUCAACGAGAGCAUGACGCAAGCUGCUGCGCAGGUCGCACACGAGUUGAAUGUCAGCGUCGCGCGAACGCUGGAGGAAGCCAGAGAGGAGCUCAAGUUUGGAUUGGGAGACAUACUUCGAGGAACUGCUCUACAUCUCUUGGGCAGCGCCUACGGUGUCGCACAACCUGUUGCCGUUGCAUUGUUCCUGCUCAUCUCGCCUAUCCUCUUCGCGGCGUUUGUCCGUCCUACCAUCCGGAUGUUGACGUUCCUUCCUCGUGUACUCCAGCAGGUCCUAGCGUCGCCCAGGAGGGUGUCACCGGCACCUCCCGUCUCCAAGUCUACCCGCCACGUGCGUUUCGAGCUUCCGCCUGCUCGCAUGCCUGUAGCUUCUUCGCGAUCUCCGGCGGCGUACAGGAGGGCGGUGUCGUUGCCGCCCGGAGUCUAG